UAUUGUAAUGUGUAGGAAACUUAUAAUAAACUGGAAAAACACAUCAGUCUAACGUUUUCGAUUUUAAGUCAGUUCAUAAGUUAAAACACGUGAAUCAAUCGUGUCAUUUUUUUUCAGUGUAGGAAACUUAUAAUAAACUGGAAAAACACAUCAGUCUAACGUUUUCGAUUUUAAGUCAGUUCAUAAGUUAAAACACGCGAAUCAAUCGUGUCAAUUUUUUUCAGUGCAUUUUUUGACCAAACAUUUUUGGAAUCCCAGUGCGAAAAAUGUCGAGCUCAGUCACACAAGGUUGACCUCAAAGGAUCAUUGAAGCCGACUUUUCCGCUACUCACCGCAUCAAAACAAAAGCGCCACCGUAUAUGGACGAUAAGACAGUGACAGCAGUCGAGUUACGUCAAACACACAAGGCUACGGUGGCGCUAUCUGUUCAUUCCAUAGCGGCCGUUUUAGUUAUUUUUGUGAUCCAAUGUCAAAGUAGAACUAUUUACCAUUUUACUUAUUUCAAAUUUUCUCAUUAUUCCUUUGUUUUUCAAGUUCGAGUGAAGUACAAUUUCGAUUAGAAUACCAUGCUUGAUCGUAUUAUUCAAUAUAAGUGAGAUUUCGUCUUUAAUUUUAGGACCCUAUUGUAUCGAAAAAACAGUUUUGCCGGAUCUUCGCCAGAGACUAAGUCAAUGUAAACAAGCUCGCUGAACUGUCAGUAAACGGCUUCGUGACGUCAUCUUGCAGUAUCCCAUACCCAAAGUAUAUAAAUAUGUACCAAGGUAAGAGAUUCCCGUAAAUGUCAAAAAUGAGACUCACCAACACAUCUGCGUUAGUUUUGAAAAGUUGGUGUUUUUACACUAAAAUGUCAUUAUUUCAGCAAAGUUUGUGAAGUUUUGUUAGUUUGGAUGUUUCUAAAUGCUGAAAAAAUAUGUUUAGAAUCAAUUAAAAAAAAUUUGUUACCGAUUUCCAAAUGGCGAUAUUUUCUGUUUUAUUGCAUGGAGGUCACAUUUAAUCCAGUCAGAUGCAAUUAAAUAAUAGCUUCUAAGAUGGGAGUGCUUAAUUUCUUAAGAAAGUUUGCUAAAUAGUGAUGUGCCCAUACAAAUCAGCGCAAACUUCAUAACUAUUUUUUGCUUUUUUCGUUUUUUCACUAAUCCGUGAAUAUUAGCGGGAAUCUCUUACCUUGGUAUUUAAAUACUUUGUCCCAUACCUACGUCUUCUGAUUAGGCCUAUCGGCCGUUAUUUGAAAUUUGUGAGAGAUUUCUGUGUGCCACACACAACAGAUGUGUUAGAUGAGUUGACCGUGUAUUGCAAACAGUGUUUACCAACAUAACCGACAAGCGUUCCAUUUUUGCUGCACUUUUCGUCGUCGGCUAGUUUUUAAUAUUUUCUCCUCUUGAGUGAAUAAAUUGAACUACAAUGUCCUUUCAAGUCAUUGACGAUCCAACGAAUAAUAUUCUGAAUAAUGAUGGCACAGAUUAUUCGUGCGUAAAGGUCGAAACUGUGAUAGAACCCCAACUGAUGGGGCACUUUCCCGAUUUAUUGGGAGCAAGUUCCUCCCAGUCGGGAAAUGUGAAAAACAGCUUCUGUGCAUUGUGUCUUCGACAGUGCCCGCCGAAUUACCUACUCGAAUUCAGCACCCAAAUGAAUCUCGAUUCCGCCGACAUCCGGGUGACGGAACAGAAGCUGUACCAGGCACUCGGUGUGUAUCUGACGCUAGAAGAUCACAACGUUUGUCACACCUGCUGGAAGUUGGUUCAGAUGAUUACGGACUUUCGGGAAUGUUGUGCGAAGGCCACUAGAAAGCUAGGAAAGUUUCCCAUGGGGUUGUCCUGUGACGACGACGACGAAUGGACCACGGAAGCUACCCUGAAUGAGCUGGAUCAGAUUCAUAAGGUCAUCUGGGAACGUACCGGGGUGAUGGAUGCAGAACUGGAAUUAGUUGGUGGUCAGAAAUGCGAGGAUGCUAUUUUCGAGGCGAUUGACGUUAUCCCAAACGAGACUGAGGAAGAUAUUACUCAUGCGCUGUCUACUGAAGAGUCGACGGGCACAAAGGUUAAACGUGCCAGAAGGAAGAAGCCAGCUCCACAAAAAAAGCUUCAAGCUACCGUCGAUGUUGAUGGUGAUUCGGCCAAAGUCCAAGAUGACACAACCAAAAAGCGACCACGCAAGAGAAGGAAAUCUUUAGAUAAAAUUGAGCUGGAGGUAGAUCAUCACCAGGUAAAGGUCACCCCGUGCAGCAUAUGUAGCAGAAAUUUCGAUGGCAAGAUUGCGCUAAAGAUGCAUCAAGCACAUUGCACAUCGGAAAAUCCCUCAAUCCGAAAAUACGUCUGCUGCCCGAUUUGUACAGCUUCGUUUCAGGACAAUUAUGCACUGGAGUUUCACCUGAACAAACAUAAAGGCGUAAGACCGUUUACGUGCCGGAAGUUUUGCGAACUGGCCUUCGCUAGUAACUUCUCCCGGAUGAAACACGAGCGAAGGUGCUCCCAACAGGAUGGUCGCAUCUGCCCGGUUUGCGGCGUAUCGCUCAAGAAUGACGAUUCCCUCAAAUUACACAUGCAAGGUCGACAUGGUGAAGCCAUUUAUCCCUGUGGUAUUUGUGGAAAGACGUUCAAGAGUGUGGCAGUUCGGUAUCACCACCAGCGAGUGCACUCAGAUGAGCGAAAGUACAUCUGCACGGUGUGCAACAAAGGAUUCAAGAGCUCGUACGCACUCAAGACGCACAAACGCAUCCACACGCAGGAGAGACCCUUCGGCUGCCAUCUGUGCGAGCAAGCGUUCAACUAUAAAGUGCUUCUGAAGGCUCACAUCGAGCGGUACCAUGGAUCGCAUAGCAUUGAAUGAAAAUGGCAUCGAAAUGAAAAGGAAAUUGUAGGUAUCUGCAUUCAAACAAUGCAUAGUAAUGACUCGAAA